GGUGCACCUUCUCCACCAACGUUACCCCCAAGAUGUGACGGAACCAAAUCUGUGCAGUGGUUAGCUAUGGUAUGUGAGUAUUUCCAGUUUUAUGACGUCCCUUUAGUUGAUCGUUUGAACCGUGUGGCAUCAAUGUUAGAGGGCUCUGCAUUGGCUUGGUUUAAUUGGCGUAUGCGUGGUGGCUUAAUUGAUGGUUGGACGGAUUUUGUUGAAAAGUUCAAGAUUCGAUUUGCUCCGCUACAUGAUUUGGAUUAUAUUUGUUUUGAGAAGACACCAAAGAAUGUUAUAGACAAAUUUGUUCACAGGGUGGAAGACACCACCACACUACCUACCCCGACUAUAGAGGAUGCACUUGGAGCAACGAAACUCCGCACUGGACCACGUGGUGAAGAUGAGGUGAGCAGUGUAUUUGAAGCCAUGAAUGAAGAUAACGGGAAGCCCAAAACUGUGGAAGUAAUUGAUGAUGAUCGUAAGCAUGCAGAUGUUGCUAAGUACUACAAGCCAGAUCCUACUUUUCAGGAAUUUUCUACCUCAGCUGGUGUGGUCAUUGCAGAAUAUGAUAUUCCAAAAAGUGUUGACAAAGUGACAGAUGCAGAUGGUAAACAAGCACACUCACCUAUGCUGAUUGACACCAUCAAGUUGUUUGAGCUUGUCGAUGUGGUGAAGACGGAGCACCUGAUUCCACCGAGAGCAACUACAUAUGUUCUGCGCCCCGUCUCAUCUUUCCAUCACUUUGCUCCAAGAUCCACGAUGGCUGCGAGUGAGAGCACUCCUGCCAUCCCAUUGAUGAUGCCAGGCAUGGGGACGACCUUUGCCCCGAUCACCACGGUAGGAUCAGUUGGCAUGAUCCCAAUCAUGUCAACCCCUACUCCUGCUCCAACGACAACAAUGUUCCCAGGCUCGAUAACAACGCCUGGGGGAGCAUUCGCACCAUACCCGUCAGCUUGGGCACAAUUUGCUGCUGACCCGGCAAAUGCUCAGGCUCUACAGGGCUAUCAACAGGUGAUGGCCAUGAUGCAACAAGCAGGGGGCUUCAUGCCAUUUGCCUAUACUGGCAUGACGCCACCAAUUAUGCCACCCCCGGUGUCGACCCCAUCAACAUUUGUUCCAAGGAUGGUCCAUGUUCGCCCGGUGAAUUUGACAGGGAUCAUGAACGAAGCAGCACCUUCAAAUGUCCACGAGGUGGACGAGGCGGAGCAAGAGGUGGCCCGCAGAAGGAAAGGUAAGGCUAUAGCCAAACCAAGCAAGACCCGAGAUUCGACGUUUAAACGCUUAGGGGACAAAGAGGAUGGACCCCGCAAGUCUGCCAAGCUACGUCUUGGUCCUGAGAUGGGACGGACUAGCGCAAUGGAAAGACUUGGCGGGAGUCGUCCCGCUCAAUCUCGUCGUUCUAGGGAAUCUAAGACGAUUCACCUAGACGAGGAGGAAGCUGAAAGCAAGCCCAGAUCAUCGGCAUAUACCAGGAUCUCAUAUGAUGAGGAUGACCUGGACAAGAUAGGGAACGUAGCAAGAAAGCUACGUGCCCUGGAGGAAAAGGUGGAAGAGAAGGCAGGAGCGAAGAAGUACACCCUGGCCAAAUCUCCCUUUUUAGCCAGGGUACAUGCACAAAAACUGAGGCGGAAGAUCAAGCUGGACGUGGAGAAGUUCACGGGAAAGGAGGAUCCAAAUGUCCACCUUGACACCUUCCACAAUGCAGCACAGAUGGCCGGGUGCACUGAUGCUGAGGAAUGCUUGCUCUUCUUCUCAUCCUUGAGAGGGAGACCAGUGGAAUGGUUUAACGGCCUUCCCCAUGGAAAGAUUGGAUCCUUUGAGAAACUUGCCGAAGUUUUCCGCAAGAAGUACCAGGACAACUGCAUCAAGAGUAAGAAGUUCACCUACCUUAACACGGUAGGGCAGAGGGAGAAGGAGUCCUUGACUCAAUUCUUGACCCGCUGGAGGGACGAGGUCGAUAAAGUAGAAGAGAUGGACGAUAAGACGAUCAUGUCUUUGCUAAUGAAUGACUUCCGGUCGGGUGACCUCUACACCAAAUUUUGUAGAAGGCCACCCUCAUCUUAUCAGGAAGCCUACAAUACAGCAUGGGAGUAUGCCGAGGCGGAGGUCUUGAACAAGAGCAAGCGGGAGCUGGAGGAAGGCUAUACAAAGGUGAAAUCUGACAAGCCGAAGAAGGAGGACCAGAUGGGAGGGUCCAAGCCAAAGUCCACCUAUGACGGAUCUGUCCAUCAAAUAAGGGAUGAUAAGAAGGGAGAGCAACCCAAGAGGCCAUGGGCGGAGAAGUGGUGUACCUACCAUCAAUCUGACUCCCACAACACGGCGGACUGCCGAAAUGUGGACAAGUGUGUGGCCAGAUUAGAAGAGCUGCAAUGCACUGUGACCGGAGGAAAGGGGAUUAUAUCUGGGGCGGGUCUUAGCCCUAAAAGCACCAGAGCCUAUUUAAGGGCCACCAGCCUCAGAUGCAAACAAGAUUCUAUCUGGAUCAAGAAUGGUUCUUCUAACAGAUCUCCUCGUGGCAAAUUGCCAGCGAAUGCAGCAGGAGAGUGGAAGAGGAUGUCAUUGCCAGCAAUGCUGCUAGGAGAGACAGUGACUGAAAUCCUACAAGCAAGUCAGUUUGCAAAAGAGGUAGUGGAAGCAGUGGCUGCGGUCUCUGAUGACCCCAAAACCCCUCCGGUCACAAUCCGGCGAACCAAUAAGAAUCCUGGUCUGGAAAACUUUGAGCUGCGAGCUCGAAGAAAAAGGGAGAAGGAAGAGGUUAAAGCUGUCCCCCGUCCUUCUCUGAGGCGUGCCCGUUUGCGCAUAAACUUCAAGGUCUCUCCUCCUCCACAAAAGACUGAAGAAGAGUGUGAAAUUGAAGAAAACUGCAAUGGCAAAUACAUUGCCUCUCCUAGGAGGAAUAAUAAUAAUAGGCCAUGGGCUACAACAAGAAAGACUGUUCUUUUCCCCAACCCUUUGUUCCAUAGAUCAUCAUCACCCCCUGCAGCAGCUUCACAGCAGCAGAAAACCAGCAGAACAAAGUCACCUGUUUUUUCAAGAACUAUUCAGCAAAAAACCCCACACAGGUUCUUGAUCAAGUCCCCGAAUCCGCCUUCUAGGAGGUUUCAGGUGAAGAUCAGGAGGAGCCCUCCAUUGUCUAUUUCCCCUCCUCCUCCUACAAGAGCUGUGGCUAAAGACAACAAGUCUCCGAAGAUUUCUACGGCUGGAAGGCUGAAAAGGUCACUUUCCCCUUCAAGGUUUGCAAACCGACUGCUAUUAGCAUCUUCUUCUUCGCCAUCAAAGAUUAGAAGAUCAUUUUCGCCAUCACGGCUGGCAAACAAGCUUGUUUCUCCAUUGAAGAGUAGGAGGAAGUCUGUGCAGAUAAACAGUGCUGAUGCUAUGAAGAUGAUGAUGAGCGGAUUGAAACAACAACCAUCAUCAACAAGUUCAUUGCCAUUGCAAUUCCCAGCUCGGAGAUUGUGAUUGUGAUUUGGUUCUUUUUGUUCCUUGCAUAUCGUUUUUCUUUUCCGUGUCUAUAUAGAAUUUUAGUUUCAUUGGUGGGUAUGAAUUUGUGUUCCAUUGUCUAUUAUGGCACACACCUUCUCUCAGAUUAAUUGUGGGCACUUAACUUCCUCAUUCAAGGACAAUAAAACAUAUUAAUUCUU